AUGCCUGAAGGUGGCGACUACAACGCCGAGGCGUUGGUGGUCACGAUCGAUAUCAUGGGCACGGAUGUGCAGAGGGUUAUGAUUGACACCGGCAACAAUGUGAACGUCUUUUACAUGGACGUGUUUCAAAAGUUCAAGCUCGACCCGAUCGAACUCAUGCCGAUCGGCACCCCCCUUUCAGGUUUCACAGGCGAUAUCAUUCACCCCGAAGGAAAGAUAACUUUACCGGUUGAGAUCGGCACUUACCCACGGGUUGUGAUCGAAGACUACAGGGAUAACUUUCUAAACACAGCACUGGAUGAAUAUAAACAAUGUCUAGUCAUUGGAGAUAAAUAUGAUGUCAGAGUGGUAUUUCGUCUUGUUUCAUUGUGGUUUAAUUUAUCAACUAGAUCAAUUGUUGUUGAUAGCAUGCUUUGCACAGCUAAUGAGGUUCAGUCGUAUAAGUUUGUACCAUUGGUUUACCAAAUCGCUUCAAGGAUGGGUAAUACAAAAGAUGGUCAUGGGCCACAAAGCUUUCAGUUUGCAUUGGUUUCUCUGGUGAAGAAAUUGGCUAUUGACCAUCCAUAUCAUACAAUAUUCCAGCUGCUAGCUUUGGCAAAUGGUGACUGCAUUAAAGAUAAGCAGCGCAGUAAAAAUUCCUUUAUGGUUGAUAUCGACAAAAAAGUUGCAGCGGAGAAUCUCUUGAAGGAGUUAUCUUCUUACCAUGGAGCAAUCCUUAGGCAGAUGAAGCAAAUGGUUGAAAUUUACAUUAAACUUGCUGAAUUGGAAACAAAGACAGAGGAUACUAACAAAAAGGUCACUCUACCAAGAGAUAUCCGCAGUUUCCGAGCGUGUCGGCUUUCGGCGACGAAUCCAGGUUAUUGUUGAGAACUUGAACCACCGCGAGGGAGUUCACUUCUGCUACCAGUGUUGAAAGCAUUUGGUACAACCGUGCAAAUAAAGAAUGAUCAAGACCAAUGUUAUUAACAGGAUACUAUAGAGUAUUGUAGUUCAAGUUUUGCAUUUUUAGAGUGAACUGUAUACAAUGCAAUCAAGUAGUAUUGAAUAUGGAGUUAAAGCUUUGCACUCGGAUAUAAGCUGUUAUGACAAUUUCUGAUUUUCCAAAUUUGGUGGAUGGCAUCUUUUGUAGGACAUUUCACUUUCCACUUCUGCAUUAUCUGAGCUUCUUGCCAGGUACUUAGUAUUAGUUAAGUUCUUCUUAACUUAAUGAUUCUGGUGAUAUUCUUUUGCAGUGUUGUGUGUACCAGUUCAACUGUUAAGUUUCUUAUGUAAAUUCCAGCCAUGACUCGUUACUUUUUAAAAAUAAGUAGAAUGAAAUACUCAAGAACCCCAUACAAGCUAUCAACUAAAAAGUUCAGGAGGAACAUAGCUGUAUAGUUGUGUAUUGCCAGAUGCCGUGGGGCUCUAAAGCUGAAUCGCUCCUUUUUUUUUUU